UUGCAGAGCCUGUACUGUAUGAGCAGCAGGGCUGGAUAUGAAUGUGCAGGAGAUUGUAUCAGAUGCAAGCAGGGUGGGGGGAACCAGAGCUCUCUCAGGGGAAGCAGCCUUCACAUCUAAACCACCGUUCUCUGCAUUAUCACCUCUUGGGGGAAAUCACUAUAAAACACAAAGCAAAAAAUGUAGUAAACCAAGAGGAUCAGCUUCACUGACAUACAUCGAAAAACAUUUUAAAAAUGGAACUGAUCCGUGGCAAAACCUUUAUAAAAAGUUACGCACAAAACCGACCAGAAAAGAUUCGACCAACUGGAGGCAAAGAGAAAAAGAAUGCAGAAUUGAGGAAAAAUAUUAAUGAAUGUUAUAUUAAAAAGAAUGAUGCACAAAGAAUGUCUAACAAUAUUUGCACAAAAGAAGCAGAUGAUAAGAUCCACUGCCCAAAAUUCACUAGAAGUAGAAGUAGACCACAUGAUUGUUCUCUAGGGGAGGACAAGCCAGAGAAAAGCCUUGGCCAUAGUGUACAGGGUAAGCUAUCCAGCAGUGUCAGUUCCCCCGGCCUUGUUGAAGAUCCUGGCGGCAAAAGGAAUAACAUACACUUCUCAAGGCAACCAACAUGUAAACAAACUAUGAUAGACUAUAGAAACUUUGUGCCUCAGAUGCCUUUUGUGCCAACAGUUGCAAAAUCACUGCCAAGAAAAAGAAUUUCGCUGAGAAGAUCUAAAAAAAGCUUAAAGAAUAUAUUUAAUUUAAAGAAAAAUAAGCAACAGGAUGCCAUAUCAGAAGGCGAGAUGCUCCAGCCAGUGAUUUUCAAACUGAAGGAAGAGAGAACAGACAAUACAGAGCAUCGACUUGAUAUUGCUGAGAUAUCUUCUGAUGAUUUCCUGGCUCCUGAGUUCCCUGACCGAGAAAUGUACAUUGACACCAUUAAUCCUUUCAAAGCACUGUGUGAGGAUGUCACGUCUCUCAAAAGUUUUGACUCAUUCACUGGUUGCGGGGAAAUAUUUGCAGAUGAAUGUUCCUCUUUUAUUGAUAUUGAAAACAGCAGAGUGACCUUCAUUUCUAAACCAAGUUCAUUAGCUGCUAGUUUCCAGGGAGGAGUAGAGCGACUUGCAUCUCCAGCCAAGUCUGAGUCUAUAGAUGUUUCCAGAUUGCGUGGACACAUCAACUCAUCUGCCAUGAAAUUAUGCACAAAUGUACUUUCUGAAACCAAGUCCUUGCCAGACUCAAAUGCAUUAAUUAAAGAGAAAACCACUGACAACAUGUCAAGAGACCAAGUUUCCAACUCCUCCUUCAAUGAUCUGAUGUCUUCUAGUGAAAAUAUUAAUGAUCUGGAGUCCCCAGUGUCCACAAGUGAUGAAGGAUAUUAUGAUUCAUAUUCUCCAGGAUUGGAAGAAGACAGAAAAGAGGCAGGAGCUCCUAGGCCACUGCCAAGAGAUAGUUACAGUGGAGAUGCCCUCUACGAGUUAUUUUGGGAUUCAUGCAAAACAAAGCCAUGGUCUGCUCAGGAUUGUGACUUGUCGGUUUCUGGUCACAAUACCAAUAAUUCUAAAUCAAUUUAUAGUUUUUGUGUGGGAUCCCAAGAAAACCUAACUCCUCAAUCUGCUAAGGACCUCAAUGAAGAUAGUGCUCUUCAAAGUACAUGGAAAGGGAGAGAAUGUUUGUUGAAAUUAUGUGACACAGAGCUGUCUUUAACCAUAGGUAUGGUAAACUGGUUAAAAAACAAUGGAAAGAUACAUGAAUCUGAAACCAAUGACAUAAGUCUUACCGAUAACUCAAAAGAACCAGUAGAGGAACCUCAGUUAAAUGAUGGCAACACAGAAAUAGAAAUGUCAACAAUGACCAGAGACAGCAAAGACCAAAUCACAUCACAAUGGGAAUGUUGCCAAAAAGAGCCUGGUUUUAUAAGAAAUCAUAUUGCAGAUUCUAUAAAUACACUGGAUGAUAUUAUAGUGGCUGGUACUACAUAUAGCACAUUUACAGAAAUAACUGCAAUAAACUGCAUACCUGAAAUUAGCAAACAUGAGGAGCAUUUAGAGAAACCACCAGUCCUAAAGAGUUCAACUACUAUUAGUGAAUACAAACAUGAUUUAGAAUUAUUCAGUCCACACAGCAAUACUAUAGUUCCUAGAGCUUUCCCACAUAAGCUAAGUGGAACAGAGGUACUUCCUUCCUAUACCCAUCUAAACUCUUUACAGUCAUUAGGCCUACAAUAUUUCACAUGGACCAAAUCUGAAAAUGACAGAUGUCUAAUUAAAAUUCUGGAGAAGUGCACUGCUCAAAUGUCAUCAUUGCAUAUAACAUUUGGCAACCGGAGUACACUGUAUAAUCCGUGCAAGAUAAUGAGACCUUAUGAAAUUGCUCAAAAUUUCAAGAAUUCGGUUGAUCAGCAUGAAAAGGGGACUCCGGACAUACCCCUUCAGCAAGCCUCAUUAUCUGAUGUACACACAAAGAAGCUGAAAUCUGAUAUUGAUGAGCAACCUCUGCCAAACAAAAUGUGUGAGAAAAAUUCAAAGUAUGAAUAUAUUAGCAACCUUCAAUGUAUACUGAAAAACUUUAAGGAAACACAAACUUCUAAGGUUGCCAGCAGGCCAAACUUCCAAGAGUUUUUUAAAUCUCCAUGUUCAUCUGUGAUCUCUCGCUGCUCUUCGGUUUUGUACAAAGUUCACAACUUAGAAGAUAAAAUAAUAUUUUUUAACACAAGAAAGUACAACAACCAGUCACCAAAUGGUAAUGAUGACUUUACACCAGAUUCAGGUGCUUCAUCCAUAGACAUCUAUAAUACAGACAGGAUGACUUUCAGCCCAUAAGCCCUACGGCUUUCAUUGGAGAAGGUAGAUUGUUAAUAACAAAAAACAAGAAGAGACUAUAUAGGAUAAUAAAACACUAAAUGAAGAACAGAAUUUUAUGACAUAAAUACGCACACAAUGACGGAACUUCAUCUGUGUUGCAAGGAGGGCAAAUCUCUCCCUUUCCCUUUGUUUCUUAGUAACCCAGGCCAAGUAUUAUGCACAAUCCCUUGGUCUUGGUGCCCCUGCUGGAAUCACAAAUCACUGUGCCACCCUGAGACCAACACUUGCGUUGCCUCCAGGAGUUACGCCAAUGUACGGACAAUCUGUGUAGUACAAGAUGCGUAUCAGCAAAGAACUGCAUAAUUAGCUACAUCAGCGAUUGGAAGCUGGAAGAGUUCCAAUGUUUUAAGGCUAUUCAUAUGUGAGAAUGAGGCAUCCUAUGAUCUGUGAUUCCUUCGUUUGCAACAGCCCUCAAUCAAACAAGCUACUUGGCUGGCUGACCUACCAAUACAUCUCUCCAGCAGGAGAUCACUACAUAGAUUUCUUCUGUCUUUUUUUCUGCCCAUGGGUAAAACUACAUGUACUUAUGUACUCAUGUACAUGCUCCUUUUAAUUGCAGAUUUCAAAAUGAAAAGAAGUAUGAGAGAGAAGAAUGGAGGGAGUGGUGAGAGGGUCUUAGAAGUUAAAGGCUAAAAGCAGCUGCUGAAAUCUUACCGCAGCUUAUGAAACGUCUCCCUCUGCCCCUAAUGGUACAUUGACUGUAUGGCAACACGUCACUUUCUCAGAUAUAUAUACAAAACACAAUGUUCUAUAUAAUUCUGACAAGAGAUGUGCGGGUUCGGAUUUACUUGGUUCUUAACGCCAAAUCAGUGCAAGUUUGGAUUAUUUGGCUUCUUAUAGGCUAUCCAAAACACAUGACAGCCAGAUAGCCAAUAAGAUGUCGUUUUUAGAUCCAAGUAAAUCCAGGUAAAUCUGAACCAACAUAUCUCUAAAUUUAGUUUUAUAGACUGUAGGAAAGCUGGAACCUUUUCUACCUCAUAUGCUGCAAUGAUUAUUCAUACAGAGCAGCUUUUGUGUUUUUACUACCACAAAAGCACAAGAGGGGGUAAUAACAUUCAAGUAACAAACAAGGGCCCAAGACCCAAAUAUAUUAAGCGUUAACAAGAGAUAAAUCUGAGACGCAUAAGGAGAAAUAAAUGACCAGCCAAUCAACUUCCUAACUGCCAUGUCACGGGGCUGUGUUUUAAAAAUGACAGGAGCUGGUUGGCUGGUCAUUUAUCUCUCCUUAUGCAACCAAUCAGCUGCUCCAUACAAUUGUACAGUAUGCAAAUUAUAAAUGUUACUUCAAUGCUGAUUGGUUGCCAUGGCCAACUUCUCCACUGGCUCACUACUCCACACUUUUCACUGCUUCAUGAAUAGACCCCUUUGUCUAUAUCUAUAUGUUAGCAUUGUGUUGACUGCAUGAUUGUAUGCCUUUUGCCUGCAGUAGAUUUCAACACGGUAAUCAUCUUGCUAAACUAAACAUUUGCCUAUUGUCAAUGAAAAUGCAGAUGUUACCGCUUAUUAGUCUAUGAUACAUUUGCCCUUAAGCUCCUAUCAGGAUAUAGAACAAGUUGAGGCAGAAUUACUUGGUAUUUAUUGUUUAGUGUAGUCCAUGGUCAAAUUAAUACUCAGCUCAGUGAAUGUACCCUUGAAUGGAAUGUACUGUAACAUUUUAAUGUUCUGGACAAUUUGAUGUUUUAUCAAUUUAGAUAAUAAAUGUAAUUUAUAACUGAAUGUUUUAAAAAUGAUUGAAAAUGUGUAAUCUUUGUAAAAUUAAUUAAUGGAAGCAUUAA